AUGUCCAAGAUAUUGCCACCACUGCUAUCAUCGCCUAAUUGUCACGUGAUUAUCACGCGCUGUAUCGCCGCCUAUAAACAUACGAGUGGUGGCCAAUCACCACCACUACUAGCCAUCAAUGGUGAGCACCGGUACCAUCAGCUGCGAGGUCUGGCCAAGAGGUGGUUCCCCGACAAGGAGUACUACAAGGAGUUGGAGGGCGAGACCUUCGCCUACGCGGACGACAGCGCCCGGUGGGUGGGCUGGGAGUCAAAGAUCCAGUCGCGCCGACCCCGUGAACGCCACGUGCGGAAUAUGGUCUUCAACUUCGGACCCCAACACCGGGCGCUCACGGAGUGCUACGGUUGUGGAGAGGGCCGACCCCCAUAUCGGGCGACAGAGAAGCUCAUGGAGUAUAAGACGUAUACACAGGCGCUGCCAUACAUGGAUCGACUGGACUACGUGUCGAUGAUGUGCAACGAACAGUGCUAUUCACUGGACAUCGAGAGGCUGUUGAGCAUACAGGUGCCCAAACGGCCCAAUAUAUCAGGGGUAUGGUCUCUCUCUCUCUCUCUCUCUCUCAUAUUGAAUAAUUAUUAUCUAAUCCCAGACAGUAAUGUUUGCGGAGAUGACGCGUAUACUGAACCAUUUGCUGCACACGGGUACCGGUGCCAUGGAUUUGGUGCCAUUACGCCAUUCUUGUGGAUCUGCGAGGAGAGAGAAAAACUAAUGGAGUUCUACGAGCGGGUGUCGGGCGCCCGUAUGCACGCCUCGUACAUACGCCCGGGCGGCGUAUCCCAGGACCUGCCCAUUCACAUAAUGGACGACAUAUACCGGUGGGCCAACCAGUUCUCCGAAAGGCUGGACGAAGUGUAG